UUGCGAAUGUCGCUUCUCAAGUGCAAAAGAUCAAUUUCUAUAUGAAUUUGCAAUAUGACUGUAAUAUAUGUCAAUUUAUUUGAUCCGGGUAUCUUUAUAAGAAUGUGAGUCCACAGAAAAAUGUCACUUUGUCGAGUUCCAGUAAGAAGAAGACUUCGAAAGAUUCUUCGGCAGUAGUUUGACACAAGAAACAACGCCAAGGAUACAGAUUGUAAAAGCAAAAGUUCUGUUAUGGAUGGAAAUGUUGUGAACAAGGAAGAAUACGUGAAUAUUUCGCUCAGCUCGAUAACAUGUCCGCGGACAUAUACCAGCUCCGAAAACAACUUGGAAUCUAUCAUAUGUCAUGACACAAGACGAGACGCAUCAAAAGACGAGCCGACGACGGGGAAACAACCUUGGAGCAAGGAGGAGAUCGAAGUAGCAUUAUCGAAACUUCCGGGAGGCGACAUAGCUUUAUCUCUGAUUCCUACUCUUCAUGGCGAUGCUCUACAAAAGGUUCUGGAAGAAUUUCAACGUGUGACUCUCAACAAAAAUGAGGAUCGCAAGCAUAACAUAUCGUUGGCCACGUCUGCAGAUGAAAUUGAGCAAAAGACUGUAUUGGCUGACGAAAAUAGAGCAGCGGAUACGACUCCGGUACAAUUACUCGCAGAAUGGCCGGAUACGUGUCUACUGAUUUCUAGCUGGCUUGGUCAUAUAGAAAUAGUUAAGGCUUUGUUAGAAAAAGGCGUGCCAGUUUCUACGAGGGACAAUGACGGAAGGACACCGCUACAUCUGGCAGCGUGUACCACGUCCACGAAGAUCGUGGAGGAGCUAUUGAAACAUAGUGCUGAUCCAUGUGAGUGGGAUUUCGAGAACAAAUAUACCCCGUUGCAUUGCGCUGCCGCAGCUGGUUGCAUUGCUACUGUUAAAUGCUUGAUCAUGUCAGGCGCAAAUGUGCAUACCAAAAGAAGUCCACUUUACUACGCUGUGCUGAACAAUGCUGUGGAUUGCGUCGAAACUCUACUGCACGCAGGUGCUUCUCCUAAUAAUUCACAGGUUUAUACAAAGACGCCUUUGCAUGUGGCGGUUACUUUGGGCAAUGUCCAUUGCAUCAAAUUGCUGUUGGAUCACGGUGCGAAUGUGACAAUUCAAAUGGGAACAACGAAAUCGACACCUCUACACUUGGCGGCGGAAAAAGGUAACGCGCGAUGCACUAAAUUAUUGUUGGACGCCGGCGCAAAGACUGAGACAAAAAACUCGAAUGGUCAAACGGCAAUGCACUUGGCAACCCUCGCCCAAUCCGUAGAGACGAUAAAGGAGUUGAUUGGAUUUGGCGCAAAGGUGGACGAAGAGGAUAAUGAAGAACGCACUCCUCUACACUAUGCUGCAGUUCCAAAGGAAAACAGCGAAGAACUGAUCAAGAUUUUAACACAAGCAGGCGCAUCAGUUAACAAGGCGGACAAAUUCGGUUUCACGCCGUUGCACAUCGCUGCUUUGAACGAGAGGUCGCACACAGUGGGGAUGUUGUUGUCAGAAGGUGGCGACAUGACUGCGCGUACUAAGGACGGUGACACCGCUCUUAACUUCAUCGUACACUAUACUCCGGAUGCGUUAUUGCAAUUUAAGACGCGUCUCGAUCAAGCAAUCUCCCUACAUGUUGACGGGCUGAACGAUGUAAACUGUGAAUUGCAAUUAAAUUUUAGACCUUUGAUAUCAAGCGGUCACAGAGAAAUGGAUUUGAUGCUCUGUCUGGUGGAGGACGAUCAAGGUCACAUACUAAAGCAUCCAUUGUGCGAGAGUUUUCUCCAUCUAAAAUGGAAGCGUAUUCGCAAGUUUUUUGUGUUCAGUCUUCUGUUCCAUUUAAUCUUCGUCGCUUUCUUCACCGGCUUCGUCUGCGCGACAUAUGUGUCGGAAGAACAGGAGUUGAGCGCAGUUAUCCUCUCUUGGCCAUUAUUAGGUUUUAUCUGCUUAUCUGCGAGUAAAGAGAUCUUCCAAAUUACCUAUGGUAUUUACUAUUAUACUAAACGUUGGGAAAACUGGUUACAGUGGAGCGUGAUAGUGGCAUCUAGCCUCAUACUGUUUUCGCCCGCGCAUCAAUGGCAAUAUCACGUUGCUGCCGUAGGUAUUCUGCUGGCCUGGAUCGAACUGAUGAUUGUGAUCGGUUGUUUUCCCAUGUUUGGCCUCUAUGUGCAAAUGUUUACGCGAGUGUCCAUUAAUUUCUUCAAAUUUCUCACAGCCUACUUUUGUCUCAUAAUCGGCUUCUCCCUUAGCUUUAAUGUGCUGCACCGCAAAUACAAGUCUUUCGUUGAUCUGCUGAUUAGUAUGCUUAAGAUAAUAAUUAUGAUGUCCGGUGAGCUGGAAUUCGAGGAUAUUUUCUUCGAUAAAGAUGACAAAGGUAAAGAUGUGCCACUUGAGUAUCCUGGGACGGCGCAUGUUAUGCUUCUUUGCUUCGUUAUCCUGGUGACAGUGAUACUAAUGAAUCUAAUGAUUGGUAUGGCUGUGUCGGAUAUCCAGGAGUUACGUAAACGCGCGGGUUUCCAACGAUUGGUGCGUCAUGCCGAGAUAAUAGCUCGUUUUGAAAAUAUGCUGUUUUCUAAGUUGAUUGAUUACACUCAUGCAUGUAAAAUAAUACAAGUCUGCAGAAAGAAUACACUAUUGUUGUAUCCACCGGAUCAUUAUGCCCUGCAUAUUCGGCCGAAUGAUCCGCGUGAAAAGCGUCUGCCACGAAAGCUCAUUCAGUCGUUGUAUCGUUUGGCCAGCGAGCAGAAAAUGCGACGAAAAAUUUUUCGUGGCGGCGCGCCACCACCUCAAAACGUCGUCGCGAAUAAAUCGAAUUAUAUGAACAGGAUAUACAGCAAUGACGGUAAUCAACAGCAACUUGACGAACUUGUGGCCGAGCUAAAGGAAUGUUCCCAUGAGAUCAGUAUCAGGUUGGAUAGCUUGACGAACAAGAUAGAGAGUAUCGCCCGAGCAGAUUUGACGAUGCAUUUAUAACAUUAUUAAUAUUGCCCAAUAUUCUAUCGUCGAACAUUUGAAUUGCUUUAAAAAGGGGAAAUUGGGACUCGGAUGGUCUAUCGAAACAGAAUCUCAAAUUCUAGGUAAAACGCAAAGAUGUGAUAUACUCAAGCAACUAACAAAUCGAAAAUAAUUAUAAAUGUCUUCAGAUGUAAAUUUUAACGAUCUAAUUCGUGACAAUCCAAGAACAGUUGUGGAUUUAACGAAUCAUGUCAUUUCCAGUAUGAUUUAUAUAGAUAUAUGUA